AUGCUCACCCUCUCCGCGGACAUGGACGAGUCUUCGUCUCUGCUGGAUCUCCUGGAGUGCUCGGUGUGCCUGGAGCGCCUGGACACCACGGCCAAGGUGCUGCCGUGCCAGCACACCUUCUGCCGCCGCUGCCUGGAAAACAUUGUCAGCUCCCGGAACGAGCUGCGCUGCCCGGAGUGUCGCAUCCUGGUGGACUGCGGGGUGGACGACCUGCCGGCGAACAUCCUGCUGGUUCGCCUCCUGGACGGCAUUAAGCAGCGGCCGCAGCGAGGGAGCGGAGGAGGGGUAGGAGCCGGCGGCAGGCAGUCCCUGGCCGGGGGCUCGCUGCAGGGCUACGCAGCCGGGAUAUCCGCAACUCCCCCGGGCAGCGCGAUCAGAGAGCUGCCCGUAGCCAUCAGGAGCUCCCCCGUCAAGAACAUCCCAGCGCUGCCUUGUGGUAAAGCCCUCUACUCCUACGAAGGAAAAGAACCAGGCGAUCUUCAAUUCUCAAAGGGCGACAUCAUCAUCCUGCGACGCAAGGUGGAUGACAACUGGUACCACGGCGAGCUCAACGGUUGCCAUGGUUUCUUGCCUGCGAGUUACAUCCAGUUGCUACGUCCCUUGAGCCAAACUCCACCCCAGGGCAAAGCAUUGUAUGACUUUGAGGUCAAAGAUAAAGACCAGGAUAAAGACUGUCUGGCCUUCAGCAAGGAUGAGGUACUGACAGUAAUCAGGCGAGUGGACGAGAACUGGGCAGAAGGCAUGCUGGGAGACAAGAUUGGCAUCUUCCCCAUUCUCUAUGUGGAGUUAAAUGAAACUGCCAAGCAGUUGAUGGAGAUGGACAAGCCCGCGCCAACUAAUGCUCCAGGUCCGAGCUCUGAACCAGCCCCGAUGGGCCCCUGCUCUCCUGGCCCCUCCCCCAGCGCUUCCCCGUCCAAUGGAAAUGGAUCUGCCCAUCGGAGAAGCGAGGGGAAGAAAAACGCCAAGAAGAGGCAUUCGUUCUCUGCGCUGUCUGUCAGCCAGAGGGCCGCCCAGCUUAACAACAGGCACAGUAUGGAGAUCUCCCACCCGGUCCUCAUCAGCUCAUCUGACCCCAGAGCUGCAGCACGCAUCCAGGACGCAUCUCACCCGGGGCCCUCUCCCUCCUUGGUGCCGCCCAAAGUGGCAUCCAUAACCUCUGAGCUGCUGGCCCAUGCCAAGGUUCAGCUGCCACUCAACAUAUAUCUGGCUUUAUACGCCUACAAGCCCCAGAAGGCUGACGAGCUUGAGCUUAGGAAAGGAGAGAUGUAUCGGGUGACAGAGAAGUGUCAAGACGGGUGGUUCAAAGGCACCUCACUGAGAACUGCUGCCUGUGGUGUCUUCCCGGGAAAUUACGUCACCCCUGUGUCCAGGGCUCCGUUUGGAGUUGGUGCUUCUCGGGGAUCGUCUUUGUCCAGUCCAGUAGGUGGAGGAGGAGGAAGCGUGUGUGGUAAAAUCUCCGACCCUUCGUCCCCGGGGCCCCCAGGGCCCUCUUCGUCUCGUCCCUCCACCCCACUAAUAAACUCUGUGAACACCACAAGUCCCGCCUCCUCGCCGCAAACUGCCGCCGCCCAGCUGAAGAACUGCCUGCGCUCCAGUCAGCAUACGGCUAACCAGGCACGCACCUCAAUGCAGCUGGUUCACAGUCCUCCUGCUGGAAGCCCCGAGCGCCCCUCAGUGGCCCUCUUCCCGCUGCGUCCUCAGAGCUCCUCCCCCUCCCGCUGCCCCGGCCAAUCGGGUCGCCCUCUCUCCAUGGUGUCUCCAGGACCCUCACCCCUCUCCUCUCCCGCCUCAAGGCCCCUCCUCCCCCUCUCAUCCCCUCUCUCUUGCCUCACACCUCCAAACGUGUCAGCGGCGCUCCUCAACGGGGACCCAGCCAGUCCACUGCAGCCGCCAUCGCCGGGCCCCUCCCACGCCUCAACCCAGGGCGUCCUUGCUCCUAAACCAGAGAAGAAGGAGAGGAAAGCAAGUGGUUUAUUAAAGCUUCUGUCGGGGGCGGCAGCCAAGAAGAAACCUCGCUCACCUCCCUCCUCCCCGCCCACCCACGACCCCUCAUUGACCGACCCCGCCCACCAUCCUCACCGCCAUCACCACCACGCCCGCUCAGGUUCCUGUCCGAUGGCGUCUCAGGGGCGAGCCGGCUCCUGUCCAAUCGAGAGUGAGAUGGCGGGGGCCAUUGGGCUGGAGCCCCUGCACAGGAAGUCCGGUUCCCUGGACACCAACUUCCCCAUGUCACCCCCGGCAACACGCGCCGUCAACGCUCUGAUGGUCCUCCGGCCUGAACCCAAACCCCUGUCACGAGAGAGGUAUCGUGUGGUGGUGCCCUACCCUCCCCAGAGCGAGGCGGAGAUCGAGCUGCGGGAAGGGGACGUUGUGUUUGUCCACAAGAAGAGGGACGACGGCUGGUACAAAGGCACCCUGCAGAGGACAGGACAGACUGGCCUGUUUCCCAGCAGCUUCGUCGAGAGCUUCUGAACUGGAAAAAGUGGACAAGAGAACAAAAAGCUGUUCCUGUUACCAAAACACCCACACAC